CAAUAAUAUUGAUGAGUAAUACUGAUACUCUAUAUAAAGGGCUUGUAUUUUGUUUACUAAGGGUCAUUUCAUUAACAUAUUCAAGUGGUGAACAAAAUGUUUCGAAGACUUCUUGCUUUUCUUUGUUUUCACUGUUUUUUAAUUUGGGUAUUAUCCGACUGUGGUUGCAGCAAAGGUUUGGAUAGACAAUCGAGUGAAUUAAAGCCGCCAACCGAAAAUAAAAAUGAAAUUCCGGUUUGCAAGCAAAAUAAAAAGGAUGGUUCACACUACAGAGAUUACUAUCCAGAGGAUCCAUCAAUGUCUCUUAUACCAGCAGGAAACUAUUUAAUAGGAACUGAUGAGCCUCACUUUGAAAGUGAUGGCGAGGGUCCAGAACGGCUUGUUAAAAUAUCCGAAUUUUAUAUAGAUAAAUUCGAGGUGUCCAAUGCAGAUUUUAAUAAUUUUGUUAAAGCAACGAAUUAUACUACAGAAGCAGAGAUAUUUGGAGAUAGCUUUCUGUUUAAAACCCUUUUGACACCAGAAAUGCAGGAAAAAUACGUUGACUAUCGUGUUGUUAGUGCUCCUUGGUGGUUUAAAGUUAAGGGAAUUUCGUGGCGAAAUCCCCACGGACUGAAAAAUAACAUAAAUGAUUUGUGGGAACAUCCAGUAGUCCAUGUUUCUUGGAAUGACGCUGUGGCCUACUGCAAGUGGGCCGGAAAAAGAUUGCCAACUGAAGCAGAAUGGGAAGUAGCAUGUCGCGGUGGAAAGAAACGCAAACUUUUCCCUUGGGGAAACAAAUUAACGCCUCAUGGGAAGCACUGGGUAAAUAUUUGGCAAGGCGAUUUUCCAGACGGAAAUACAUCUGAAGAUGGUUAUGAAAUAACCGCUCCUGUAAAUACAUUUCAACAAAAUGUUUACGACCUGUAUAAUAUGGUCGGAAAUGUGUGGGAAUGGACUCAAGAUCGUUGGCAAAAAGACGAAGUCAGUUCCAAUCCACAAUAUGUAAAGAAAGGAGGCUCUUAUUUAUGUCACAAAUCUUAUUGCUAUCGUUAUCGAUGUGCUGCCCGUUCGCAAAAUACAGCAGAUAGCUCAUCUGGAAAUUUGGGCUUCCGUUGUGCAAAAGAUGGAUAAGUAUAGAUGUGGCAAUUAAGAAGAGCUGCUAAAAUAACUUUUUUUUAAGUGGUGGGAGUAUUACUAUGUAUAUUUACGGAAAAUUAACAUACAUGCAUUGAUAAAAAGCAAAAAACAAGAUCUUUAAAUCAUA